AUGCGCCUCGCGGGGCUGGCACAGCCGAUGGGGGGGGGGGUCCACAGCCUGCUCAGCCGCCUCGUCACCCUAGCGUUCAGUCGGGCCUACCCAACUCUACCGCGACCGGCCGAGCAGCUCGCGCGGGACCGGCAGACGGCCUCGCCCUCGUCCGGCAGCCGCCCGGCCGCGUACAGGCAGCUUUUCGCGAUGUCGGACGACAUGGACGAGGACGACGAGCCGGAGGAGCCUCAGCGCCGGGAGUUCUUGGGCGGCAGCUUCCUGGGAUCCGGCCAGCGCUACGACGAGGCUGCCGAGCGGGCUGCGCAGGAGCUCAGGGAGGGGCGACCGCCGGAGCAGAAACGCCUGAGCGGCCUGGAGCGCCAGAUGGAGGCGAACGCCGCGGCGGAAGCCGCGAGGCGGCAGGAGCAGGAGGUCUCCGCGCGCGAGCGACUGGAGGCUGCCCCGCGCGUGCAGGACGGCGGAGCCAGCUCCAGCGCAGCGGCGCCGAAGGCCGUGCAUGCCGUCGUGCAGGCCUGUGUGGCGCUGAGGAGGCAGCACAAGGACUCGAAUUUGGCGGGCCUCGUCUCGUGCCUGGAGACGGUCCGCCUCUACGUGGACAACUUGGCCCAGAACCCUCAGGAGCCCAAGUUCCAGCGCAUCAACAGAGACAACAGCAGCUUCAAGAGCCGCGUGGCCAGCCUGGAGGGCGGCGAGGACGUGC